AGUUCGGCACGAGCCGUCGGUGUGAAUGUACGUAGUACGUGUCGGCUUAACGGGCUGCCGCGCACGCGCUCUCGCGAUCUCCAUCACGCAAAACAAUCCGAAACAAUUUUUACACCACCCACUUACAAAACGCAAACAAUCUGACAGUGACGUUUUAGGAGACACGAUGACAGUUCCGCACGUAACUAACUGAUAUAUUGUAAAAUCAAAUAAUUUGAUAAUCCGGAUGAAAAAUUUACAGUGCCGUUUGAAAUAGAACAAAUUUAUGGUGAAACGAUCGACCUGUGUCGUGGAUAGUGCAGUGUGUAAAUUAUUAACAUGGCUCCGAUAGCAACUGGAUAGCGCAAUGAUGCGCAAGGAAGGUGCCGGUGCGCCCGGGACUGAGUUCUCGCUGGACGCUUCCGACUGUAUAAACCUACAACAGAUAUUGCAGGCAUUUAAUUCAACUAUCAGUGAGGAGCACGCUUGGGCCUUGUUUUAUCAGGCCGCAAAGUGUUUCCAAAAGUGCCUCGCUGAUGGCUCCACCUGUUACCUGGCAACGGAGCCAAGGCAUUUGUUGCUACAUAAGGAUGGUUUCGUGCAUCCAAACACGCUGUUACGACCAGGAGAUGACAGCAGCAGAGAGGAAGCCACGUCCGAGCAGCAGAUGGUGGUCAACCUGGCGCUGGUAAUCUACCACGCGCUGGAUUACACUCACGCCGAGGACGAGGAACGACUCAUCUCGCCUGACCUCGAGGGCCUAAUCACCGAAAUGACGGCGUGUGACAUCGCUGAUGACGAGGAGGAGUGCGGUGCGAUGUCGGAAGGUUCGGAGACGUCGGAGUGCGGGCGCGCCGACACCGACGACGAAGGAAUCGAGCGGGACGCCGAGCCGGCACCGCGACGACGGCGACAGCGCAGGCGCUUCAUGCUUAAGGACGUUGUGGAGCGGUGCGUGUGGCACUGCGGCGGCGGAGGGCGGUGCGCGCGCGAUGCGGCAGCGGCGCACUACCGGGCCGUGUGCCGCGCGCUCGUCGCCGAGGCGCUCGAGCUGGCGUCGUUCCUGGCACGCGUGCGGGUCGGAGGCGCGCGCGACCUCGGCGCCGCGGAGGAUUCCGCCACGCAUCUCGACACGCUGCACUUCUCUGAUUGGGCGCGUUUCUGGAUGCAAGUAAUCGGAGAACUGCGGAUGGGUGUGAAAUUAAAGAAGGUUAACUAUUCUAGAACUCCCAUCGAAUACGAGCUGACGCCAUACGAAAUCCUUAUGGAUGACAUCAGGUCAAGAAGGUAUACUUUAAGGAAAGUGGACGGAGCAAUACCUCAAAGUGUAAAGAAGGACGCACACGCCAUGAUUCUCGAGUUUAUAAGAAGUAGGCCGCCACUCAGAAAGGCCUCGGAGCGUAAGUUGCCGCCGAUGCGGCGCGAGGCAACGCCACGCGAGCAGCUGCUCGCCUCCAUCAAGCGCGGCCGACAGCUUCGGCCCACGGCGUACUCGCGCAGAUACUCGACGAGCGGAGCUGGUAGCGGGCCCGGCGGCGGUGACGUCCGGCGCGGCGGCGAGGUCACGCCGCAUGCGCAACCGCAGCGGAGGCUCAUCAAAGUCGACUUUGACAAGCUUGAGGACGACGAAGACGAUGACGACACCGAAACGUGUAUCAGCCCAGAAACCUGCGUGCCCCAACCAUUCCCAAGGCAUAUGGCGCCACAGCAGCCGGCGCCAAAACCUUGGAAGAGAACUGCAUACGACCUGGCAACACAGUGUCCGUCGCGACGUGCUUCGAUGCGCCGCCAUACAGUCACGCACGUCUGCCCGCCCACCGACGGAGCGCAGUCGCUACCCCACUCCAGGCCAGGUUCGCGUGCAUCGUGUACUGGGGCUGCGUCGCUAGCGAGCAGCGAUUUGGACGGGCCGCUGGGCGAGUUAUCCUGGUCGCGUUCCUCGCUGCAGGACGAACUUAUCAAGUCGAAACAAUGGCAGGAUGCUAUAAUGUCCGACGAUCGCCUCUCUCUGACGCUUGAGGAGAUAGUUCACAUCAGAUCUGUGCUGACGAAAGCAGAGCUGGAGGUUUUGCCUGUUGAAGGCAGGGUUAAAGAAGACGUUGAAAAGAGAAGGGUAUGCUUCCUAUGUUUGAAAACAAGAUUUGGCAUUUUCGGCCCCUGGGGGCAAAAAUGCAAACUGUGUAAAAAGACUGUCUGUCAGAAGUGUUGUUCGAAGAUGCGUAUACCGACGGAGCACUUCGCGCACGUGCCGGUGGUACUGCUGAGUCCGUCGCUGCUGCCGUCGCCCGAGGACGAAGCGCAGUCCUCGUUCCCCAGAAGUCUCAUGUCACGGCUUGUCUCGCCAGAACACACAGUGGCGGUAGACAACAGCGUGGGCAGCGCGCCCAGCAGCCCGGUGUCGCGGCGCGCAGGCUGCCCGCAGUCGGCGCCCGGCUCGCGCGGCAACUCCGCGCUGGGCUUCCACCUCGCCGUGCCCGCCAUGACGCGCAGCGAGGGGCCCGGCAGCAUGCCCUGCGUCGUGCCACUCUCAGCGCCCGAGCGCAGGGCUCGGUACGGCCGCAGCGCGACGGGAACAUCAGCGGCUGAGCGUCUGCGCGGCGUACAAAUGGCGGUGUGUCACGAUUGUAAGGCGAUGGUGCUGCAAAUUAUCAAAUCUUCUCGCGCCUCGCGAUCCGCUUCACGCGACCGCGCACUACGACACCUAACCCUCGAUCUCGCGCCAGUUUACACCGCUAACUGUUAGUUCGCUCCAUAUUAUAUAGCCAGUAUUGUGGCCCGAAGGAUUGCUGCCGUGUUCGAGCGCUUGGAACGAAGUUCAUGAUCUGGUUUGACUGCGGUCAAUUAUCAUAUCAAAGACUUCUCCAACUAGUUUUGAUCCGAAAAUAAACAGUUAUUUAAAACUGAGGCAGGUAAGAGACACCAAUCUCUAAAAAAAUGUUUAAAACGCCUGGCUAUAACAUACGUGUACGGAAACAUUGGGAUUGAAUCUUGAUGACUCGCUCUAUGUUUUCUUUUUUGUAAUUCUACCCUUUCUAUAUGUCUUCAAUGUUCUCGGUCUGUAAGAAUCUACAUUAAAACCUUGGAAUAACCAACGUUUAGCAAUUGCAUUUGCGCUAAACGAUGUAAAAAACAGUUAUAUGGAGAACAUUUUUUUCUUCUUGUACAAUUUGAAGCUUUAUCAGACUGUUUAUUUGAUCUAUACGAAGAUCAACGAGUGUUAAUUUCAGUUUGUAGUUUUUAAUUUCAAAAUUAACGAUGCCUAAAAUAAUAUGACGGAAUAAUACGAGUAAAACGAAAAAUAAUUAUUUCGUACUUAUUAAUUUGACAUGAAAAUAAAUUUUAAUGAUGAAUUUAGAAUGUUUUUUGUUUUUGUAAUUGACCUUUAUGUUUUCUGUGGUCAAACGUUAAUCAAUAGAUGCAAAAGUUAACUUUAUCAUAAGUAUAUUUCCGUCAAAGCAGGUUUUAUUUCUCUUACAACCUUAUUUUUGUAAUUUUUUUCCCAAUAAACAUAUGUAUUUUGGUCUCUAAUACUGUAAGAGAUUUAUAGACGGCACUAAAAAUUGUGUCGCUUUAACAACUACGCAUUGACUUAUUUAUAACUAGCGUACAACUACGUAAUCGCAUUGUUUGUUGAGACCUUUACGACGUUUUUAUCUUUCAUUGAGAUCCGACAAAGGCGUCGUCAAUUUUGCAAACCCGCGUCUUUGUUAAUUUACUUUUUACGCGUGAUCAAUUUUUGUUUAGCGAUCUAAACGAAAUGAGAUUUCAAUCCUAAUUUAAGUUAUCCAGUGAAACUGAUAUGUGAGAAACACUGUAGAAAGAUACAGAUAUUAAAACUGUAGGUCUCUUUAUAUAAAAUAUCUUUAUUUUAAAUAAUAAAAGAGCUUCCGAGGUUGUGUAGGAACUAUGUUGUUUUAGGCAGACCGUAAUUCGACAUAUUAAUUUCAGGUCGACAAUUAAAUAUGUUUUGACAAAACUUUGUGACUUUGACAGAUAGUAACGCUUCAUUUUUUUUUAUUUAUCGCACAAAACCAGUUCGAUUUCAAAAAGCCAUAAUUUACAAUAUACAAAAAAAAAUAUUCACAUUAUAUUAAAAUUUUAAAUAUUUAAUGAAAUUACUAAGAUAGUAUUUUGUCACUUAUAUAAAUGUAAAAAAAUAUAUAUUUUUCCGAAUAAUAGAAUUUUAAAUAAUAUGUCUACAAUUUAAAUGUAAAUCACGACAUUCUGUGUUCAAAAAAUAUUGUAAUUUGCUAUGAAUGUUAUUGUAUGAAAGAAUAUAUCUGGAUGUUAAAUACUUAGUCAAUAUUUUGCUAAAUUAACUGUGAAUUAUUAUUUCAAACUCGAAGCAUACCGAAACCUUCCUUGAUUACUAUGUUUAAUUUAAAAAGAAAUCGCUUUAAAUCGUGAUGAUUCUAUGUUAUUCAACUGACAUUUUCUCUGCAAUUGUAAUUAUGAAUAAAGUAUACACCAAUUCGAAGUACUGUGCCAUAACGAGCUUUCCACAUAAUACAGUAUUGGCAUACGGGUGGUUAAACUGGUUAAAAAGUGCAUAACGUUAAUCGCUCGUGUGUCGAUGUUUUUUUUAUUUUAGUUCUAUAAGAUUAAUUAAAAAAAGAACAAAAACAGCUUCCGUUAUUUUAGUUAUUAUUUAUUUUUGUAAGCUUUAAAACAACAUUUUUGUAAGCUGACCACAUAUUUUGUAACGAAUUCCUGAAACGAUUUUAAUUAUUACCUUUUGGUAUGUGGGUGUGGGAUAAAUCGAUGUCUCUUAAAGAAAAUUGUCUAUGCACAGUCUUGCCUAUUAACAAUUUUUAUGUAUUGACUUGAUCAGCACAAUAAAUUAUAAUAAGAACACUAAACCCAUUUUUUAUAUUACAUAUUCUUGUUGUUGACAUUUGUUCGUAAAAUUGAAUAUUGCUAUAAGUCAUUGGAAGUCAUGUGUUGAUUUCUAAAGCUUGUUUUUUGAAUGUGUGGUCAGCUUUCAUUCGUUAAUGUAUAAAGUAAAGGUACUAUUUGCUUAGAUUCAUGUGUCACUCAUUAUGUAGAAUACCCUAGUUUUACUUAAAUUAUUUUGCCAAAUAUGUAACCUCUCCCAAGGCCUAAUUGUAUAUAUAGAUUUCUUUAGCGUCAUCUUUUAAUCGGUUGCUUAAUGUAGGCUAACUACGUCUAAGUUUGUUAUUUUUGUUAAACUGGGAACUUAUUUAUAAAUAUAAUAUAAAUAUUGUAUUAAAUGCAACAUUAUUAUCUGUGGAAAUGGCUGGUACCUAAGUUGUAAGAAUGGCCUAAAUUAAUUAAAACCUACAAUUUUGCUCGUACCCUAUACAAAAACGUUUUUUUUUCAACCGCGAAGUUAUCCAUUUCAUUACAUAAUGUAACCGAAUUUGAACUGUAUCUAACUAAAUCAAAUUCCCAGUUGAAGUCUUUGUAAAUGUAUGUAAAUUUCAGUAGUCUAUAUUAGAUGUUAUGUAGAUGAUAACCUUCUAAAACAUACUUAUAGUAAAAAGAAAUGAUAAUAAUAAUUACGGGAAAUAAAACAAAUUACAAAUCGU